AUGGUGCACGUCUACAACUGCCAUCCUUUUGCCUCGCAGCAGAUCGUCCAGGUGGAGCAGGAACCUGGGCUGGUUUGCUGUGGAGGUGGAGCCCUAUUUGUGGUGGCCUCUGGAGGGUGCAAGGUGGAGGCGUACAGUCUGGAGAAGGAGGUCUGUCCUUUUAUCUGUCGUUUUGCCACUAUGGGUACUGUGAGGAGUAUCCAGCAUAGCAGCAUAGGAGACUACUUGGUAACUAUUGAAGAAAAGAACAGCGCCACCUACCUGAGAGCGUACACCAACUGGCGCUACCAGGCGGAGGAGAAGGCUCGUGUCGGGGUUCGGUUGUUGGGCCACUUGCUGCGUGGAGCGUCGGUGUGGGGCGGAGUUCAGACGGAGAUCAUCGAGAUCCCUCUGUCCGAGCGUCCCGUCGCCGUCACGUGCUGCCCCAUAACAGGAAACCUCCUGGUCGGCUGCGAGAACACUCUGGUUCUUUUUACCCUGCAGAGACAGAACCAGCAGAACUUGGUAAGAAUUCAGCAGUUUAGUUCUCUCCUGGACUUUGAACGAUCAGUCAUCCUGCAUCUUCCAUCAAUGACCCCUAAGCAGGUAGCGCUGUGUGGAGGAUUUGUGGCGGUGCAGGCAGAGCUGGAAGUUCUGGUGCUGAAACUGGAAACAACAUCAGAGCCAGCGACCACAGAAGAACCACCGAACAUGUUUAAGAACAAUUAUCUAGAAGACCAGAGUGAUUUUCUGCUCAUUCCGAGACACCAAGAGCUUCUGGGUAAUCUUGCUAAAGACUGCGACAUCCCUGUUAGCGUUGAAAGUACUGGACUGGAGGACAGGAGACACUACGCACUGUCCUACGUUCUUUUCAGGCGUUUUUCUCCAGAGUUCUUUCAAGGCUACAGCAUUGAGGAGAUGCAGCUGCACUCGCUGCUGCUGUACCCGCUCUUCACCAGUAACCAGUCGGUGUCUGUGGACGAACCAGCCUGCGUGUUCUGUUUCUUCUCUCUCCCCACCUCCGGGUACCUGUACAGUCUGAGAGGUGGAGUGGAGCUGCUCUCCACCUAUCAGUAUCCAGAGAAGGUGCUGGAGGCGGUUCUAACGGAUCACCUGUUGCACGUCAUAACGAAGAAUGCGUUGCAGUCUUUCACAGUUCGAUGUGCAGCUGUGGCAGCCAGGAUUGAAGACCCCUACAUCGACACCACCAUGAAGGCCUGUCCACCCUGCAGCCUGGAGGUGUGUGCGCUCAGGAUGCAGUUAUUUAUCGGCCUGAGGUCGGUGUGUGUCCAUGGCGGCCGUGUUGUCCUUCUUUCUGCUGCUGACACGGAGACACCAGAGGGCAGUGAACGCGUCACGCAGCGCAGGAGCCUGAGCAGAAUGUGGGCGAGCUCCUCCCCCAAAGAAAGCAGUAAAUCUGGACAUGGAUGGAACCUGUAUGUUCUGGACACCGUGUCGCCUUUCACCCUCUACCAGGAAAUGGUUGAAUACAGUCAGUCGUACACGGAGACAAACCCACAAGGCCAAAGUCUUCAACACCUCCUCUGUGAAGCUCACCUCCUCCUCCGCGCCUCCUUCCUGCAGUCCUCAGAGCAGCAGCAGGAAAGUGAAGGUGACCCUGACAGAAAGAUCUCUGCUCACUCUGACAGACGGGCGCUGGAGGAGGCGUUCAGACACAACUGUGCGCAGCUUGGAGACAAUUUUAGCAGGGGAAGUCAGAAGAACUGCCACCUGGCAUUGCCAUACUACAGGAUGUCUGGUCUGUCGGUCACAGAAGUCACGUCCAGGAACCGCCCACUUCCAGGCAGCCCGCUCUCCUACGGGCCAGGCUUCCUGUUUUAUCUCAAACAUUACCUGUUAGAGGAAACUGAUGAGAACCUCAGUCAGGAGGAAGCUGAUGAGGUCAUUAACAUUUUCAGCCAAUCAGAGCCUUCGCGCCUUGUCAACGUUUGUGCCAGCCCGUGCAUGAUGAACAUCAGUGCUGCGCGGACGCUACAGAUUUUACAACAUCUGGAGGACACAGCCGGCGUGUCUGUGCCUUUAACAAUCACCAUGGCAACCUUGAUGCUGCGCCAGGGCGACCUGUUGCAGUACACAAAGCUGAUGGAGCGGCACGCUGAGAUGCUGCUGGUGUACGGGUUCAUCGAGGAGCCAAGGCUGCUGCUUUAUGGUGGAGGAGGGGGCAAGAACGAGCAGGUCGGACCCACGGCGUUGGCUCGACAGCUGGCAAACUCCCAACCCGGACUCCUCGUGGCUGCCAUGGUGGCUUUACAUGAGAACAGCAAAGUUCAGCUGGAACAGGCGGAUCACAUAUUCAAGGUGUGUGUCACUGCUAGCAGAGCGGAGUUGGGUAGUGAGAACAGCUUACAGGUGGAUUUUUGGGAAGCGAUGCUGAUGGCCUCCUCGCAGGACGCUGUCAUUCAGGAGCUUCUGUUUCGGCUGGCGUCGGUUUACAUCGACCGACUGACGAGCCUGAUCAGUGACGCCACAACCAAACACAAGUCACUAAAAAGUGCUGAGGAUCUGAUCAAUUCAUGCUCUCAUUUUGGCGCUCUGUACCCGUGGCUGACCGUCCUUAAUCCAGCUCAAACUUCCAGCUUCUAUCACCAGGAGGCGCUGCUUAAACUGCAGUCGCUGCUGUGCGCUCCGUCCCUCUCUGUUGGAACCAUCGAGCCUCUGUUGGAGCUUCUCUCGCAGGAAACCUUAUGGGGCUUCAGCCUGCACCUCCUGUGUGCCACCAGGAGGGGGCAGUACGACAGCAGCAUUGAGAAGUUGUUGGACCGAUGUCCUCAGGCCAUUAUAGCUUACGCCAACCACCACUUACAAGACAAGCACAUGGCUCUCUGGUGGCAGAAGCUGCUUCCCGAGCUCUGUAAUCGAACGAGAGCAGCUGCAGACAGCAGCAUCCUGCUGAGUGCUCUCAACGAGACGCUGGUCGUGGUUGCCAUGGAGACGAGCCCUGCAGAGUUCUUGGAGCUCAUGCCUGAUGACGGCGCGGCGUCCUUCUUCCUGCCUCAUCUGUUGACGUGCAGCCAAAAACACCUGCUGACCUGAAACACACACACACGUGAUGGAGCUUUAGAGCAACAUGAUGGAUUGAACGUCUGAAGGUUUUCAGGAAGGUCACAAACGUGUUUUUAAAAUCUGCAGUGAAUCAGUUCGGGGUUUAGUGUUUUACUAUUUACUGAGGACGCUUUCAGUGUGUUCAAUCUCCGUAAGACCUCAGAGAAACAUGAAAUUUAGCUGAUAAACAUUAUAAAAUGUUGGUUAUGUUAUUAACACUGUUAAUUACGUUUUAUACUAUUAUUUUUUUCCUGC